GCACAUUUGCAUGCUCCACAUGCGGUCACCACCCGCUUCGACGACAACCUCCGAACAAGCAAAUACCUGGACUGUCCUGCAGCUGAGCCAUUCGUUCGCAAGAAAAGCAAGCACAAUAUGCCGUCGGAGCGUUUGCCCUCGCAAUCGCAGGGCCGGCCCGCGCACGGCACGCAGCGGUCAACAAGCUCUAUUCAUAGCCAGACAGACUCGCCCUCAACGACGCCCCCUCAACAUACGAAAACGAAACCCCUGAAGCAUGUAGUCGGCGCAGGACGAACUCACGCAAGGAUACCGUCGAAUCGAAGCUUGGUCAAGCUGACAAAGACGCACGGCAAUGAUUCGCAUACGGACUUAAAGAAACUCCCGCGUAACUCCUCUGCAACCAGUCUCAAGAAGAACAACUCCCACACGAAUCUGAAGCGAAACCGUUCCUCUGCAGACGUCUCCAAGAGACCGAAGUCCUCUCACGGACCAGACAAGAGGCCGGCAUCAGUUCACUUCGAGAUUGGGGACCAAGAUCAAGACCAGGAGGACGGAGAGGAGGAGUGGGAAGAAGCAAGUUCUGCGUCACCAGCCUUGUCUCGAUCCGCUACGCGAUCAGCAGCAUCCAGUAACCAUUCCUCUGCGAAGCCCUCCGCAAACAACUCAGAACCGCACUCCCCCCCUCACUCCCCUACUGCAUCAACAGAGCAGCUCCCGAAUGGAGGGAGCGAGAAGCAGAGCGCGCGCCAGCACUCCGCUGACGCAAAAGUAAUAACAGAACGACUGCUCCAGCGCUCGCACUCCCAGAACACAGCUACUACCAAGAUGUCCCUCGCGACCGCCACGCCCACAGCCUCAGGGCACUCCCCUCCCCUAAAUUCUCUCGAGAAAAGCCAGACCUCGACACUGAACGGAACGAUCUCGACCUUCAACGGCACACCCAAGACAGGAAGCAGCAACAAUGAAGUCGUGUCCCGCUUUGUCAGCGGUUCCGGCACACCAAGUGAAGCGUCCCCCUUCCUGCAGAACCACAAACCGUCGACCUCCAUCACAAAUGAUGCGCCGCAGAAGAAGAACGAAGAAGUGAAGAGAGCGCAGUCCAUGGGCAACUUAGCCAGGCAUAACUCCUCCGCAGACGACGACUCCGAGUCUGCUCUCCUACCACGAUCUCGCAAUUCUUCGCAAUCUCAUGCCUAUGUACCGCCGCAGCAGUCGCGAACACAGCAGAAACUAUGGCUCCAGCGCGCUUCGUCAAAUAUCGAGCCCCAGCAGAUGGCGCCUGGACUUGCGAUCAAUGGCGUGCAUGCCGGAAUAGGAGCGGGCGUAGGAUCGAGCUUGGUGGGCGCAGGCUAUGAUGGGAGGGAUCCGCGGAUCAAGCUGCAACUUGAGCGGACGGGUCUGGAGUAUCUUGUUGUUCGGCGGCAUCAGGAUCCUGUCGGGCAGGCGCUGAAGCGGUUGAGCGUUUUACCUGGUGUGGAGAGGAAUAGACGUAUCCCACCUUCUUCGCAAGCGAGUAAGAAAGGGGAUAGCGGUGAGGGAAGCGGCAGCGUGGGACGGUAUGGAUUGAGUCAGAGCUUGAAGGAGGGAAAGUCGAAUAGGAAUGGGAAGGACAAGGUUAUCAGCGUUGCGAGAAGUAGCUAUGAGGGUCGUGAUAGCAGUCAGGACGAGAGAUGCAUGAGUGGCCGAGCGAACGACGAUGAAGGCAUCGGAGCUAUAUUGAGGUCUCUAUGGGAGAAGAAUUUUGAUCUGAGCGCUAGUGCCGACUGAUGUUCCUCAUGUCGCUCCUCGACUGGAUGGUGUCGCCCCUUCAUAUUUCGAAAUUAGCUCUUACUUGCGGUCUUGCAUGGCGUUUCUGGUGGGCCCAGUCUUUGAAUGGACAGACUGGAGGACGGACAUGGGAUCGGACGAGGAUGGGCGUCCGAAUUGCAUUGAAG